AUGGAAAGUAAUAGCAAUUCCGAGCAAGUUGCUCCAGAGCAAUACGAGGAGCAGCACGUUCACACAGUCUACGAGCAAAUUGCCUCGCACUUCUCCUCGACUCGGUACAAACCCUGGCCUAUCGUCUCCUCCUUUCUAUCUUCCCUCCCGCCAGGCUCCGUGGGCCUUGAUGUCGGAUGCGGGAAUGGCAAAUACCUCACCGUCAACCGCGACAUCUUCAUCGUGGGCAGUGACCGGUCUAGCAACCUGGUGAAGAUCGCGGCCGCACACCAGCCACAUGCCGCUAUUGUGGCUGAUACCCUAGCCCUACCGCAUCAGAAGGGGAGGUUUGAUUUUGCUAUUAGUAUUGCGGUGAUUCAUCAUUUGAGUACGAGGGAAAGGAGGAAGGAGGCUGUUUCGUGCGUCUUGGAGAAUCUGAAAAUUGGUGGUCGGGCGUUGAUCUAUGUUUGGGCGCUGGAGCAAAAGGGGAGCAGGAGGGGUUGGGAUGAGGGGCAUGAGCAGGAUGUUAUGGUGCCGUGGGUUAUGAAAAUGGGCAAGAAGAAUAUGAAUGAGAAUGGAGAAACGGAGAAGACCUACCAGCGGUAUUAUCACCUUUAUCGAGCGGGCGAAUUGGAGGAAGAUGUUGUUAGUGUUGGGGGGGAGGUAGUUGAAUCUGGUUAUGAGAAGGAUAACUGGUGGGCGAUUUGUCGGACAACAUCUAUGGAUGGCUAA